GAGCCCUUUUCGCAACCCUAGCAGGAGAGAAAUGAUGGAAGAAGGGUAAGCAGAAGAUUUCCUCAAAACACCAUACGGGUUUUAAAUUAUUAGUACGUAUUUGAACUCGUCUACUUUCACGUAGUCCCGUUGAACGUCACUUCCGCUUAGGGGCGGACACGUCCCAAACCUGUGGCGGGAGUUGGAGAUGCUGCGGCGAAUACGCCAGGAUCAUCAUGCCUAGGGUUCAUAACAUAAAAAAGUCUCUCACACCUCACAUUUCUUGUGUGACAAGUGAAUCUGAUAAACUGCUGGACUUUUUGCCUGACAGACUAAGAGCAAAGCUGCUUCCAUUCCAGAAAGAUGGCAUCAUUUUUGCCCUCAAAAGAAAUGGCAGGUGUAUGGUUGCUGAUGAAAUGGGUCUAGGAAAGACAAUCCAGGCAAUUGGAAUUGCUUACUUCUAUAAAGAGGAAUGGCCUCUGUUAAUAGUGGUCCCUUCGUCUCUGAGGUACCCUUGGACAGAAGAAAUUGAAAAAUGGAUCCCAGAGCUAAGUCCAGAAGAAAUCAAUGUUAUUCAGAAUAAAACUGAUGUUAGGAGAAUAUCGACCAGUAAAGUGACAGUUCUGGGUUAUGGUCUCUUAACCGCAGAUGCAGAGACUUUGAUAGAUGCACUGAAUAACCAGAACUUCAAAGUAGUUAUAGUGGAUGAAUCACACUACAUGAAAUCCAGAAAUGCAACUCGCAGCAGGAUUUUAUUGCCAGUAGUACAGAAAGCCAGACGAGCCAUUCUUCUUACAGGAACACCAGCUUUAGGAAGGCCUGAAGAGCUUUUCAUGCAGAUUGAAGCUCUCUUUCCACAAAAAUUUGGAAGAUGGACCGACUAUGCAAAAAGAUACUGUAAUGCACGCAUCAGAUAUUUUGGUAAAAGACCUCAGUGGGAUUGUAGAGGGGCAUCAAAUCUUAAUGAACUUCACCAGCUAUUAAGUGACAUAAUGAUUAGAAGAUUAAAGACUGAAGUUUUAACCCAGCUACCCCCUAAAGUCAGACAGCGUAUUCCAUUUGAUCUUCCAUCAGCAGCAGCCAAGGAAUUGAAUACCAGCUUUGAAGAGUGGGAAAAAAUAAUGAGAACUCCAAAUUCAGGUGCCAUGGAGACAGUCAUGGGGUUGAUAACUCGCAUGUUUAAACAAACUGCUAUUGCCAAGGCAGGUGCUGUAAAGGAUUAUAUUAAGAUGAUGCUUCAGAAUGAUUCACUUAAAUUUCUGGUUUUUGCUCACCAUUUAAGCAUGCUCCAAGCUUGCACAGAAGCAGUCAUCGAAAAUAAGACUCGUUACAUUAGGAUAGAUGGAGGUGUUUCAUCUUCAGAAAGAAUACAUCUGGUUAAUCAGUUUCAAAAGGAUCCUGACACUCGUGUGGCUAUCCUAAGCAUUCAAGCUGCUGGCCAGGGAUUAACAUUUACUGCGGCAAGUCAUGUUGUAUUUGCUGAGUUGUAUUGGGACCCUGGACAUAUAAAACAAGCAGAAGACCGAGCUCACAGAAUUGGCCAGUGCAGUUCUGUGAAUAUUCACUACCUUAUUGCAAAUGGAACUCUAGACACCCUUAUGUGGGGAAUGUUGAAUCGCAAGGCUCAAGUUACAGGGAGCACACUGAAUGGUAGGAAGGAAAAAAUUCAGGCUGAGGAAGGUGAUAAGGAAAAAUGGGAUUUCCUGCAGUUUGCUGAAGCUUGGACUCCAAAUGACAGUUCUGAAGAGUUAAGGAAGGAAGCUUUGUUCACUCACUUCGAAAAAGAAAAACAGCAUGAUAUUCGAUCAUUUUUUUUACCACAACCUAAAAAAAGACAGUUGAUGACCUCCUGUGAUGAAUCAAAGAGAUUCCAGGAGGAAAAUACUGUAGUGUCAUCAGACCCUACAAAAACAGCUGCAGGAGAUACCAUCGAUUAUGAAAGUGAUGUUGAACCUGAAACUAAAAGAUUGAAAUUGGCCGCCUCGGAUGACCACUGCAGUCCCUCGGAAGAGACACCAUCCCAGUCCAGGCAAAUCAGAACUCCACUCAUGGAAAGUGUCCAGGAGGCCAAGGCCCAGUCAGCCACCCCAGCCUUUCCUGUAGAGGGCUGGCAGUGUAGUUUCUGCACAUAUAUCAAUAAUUCAGUGUUACCUUAUUGCGAAAUGUGUGAGAAUCCUCAAGGCAGUGCUGUUAUGCAAAUAGAUAGCCUCAGCCAUAUCCAGGAUAAAAACGAGGAUGAUUCUCAGAAAGACACCUCCAAAAAGGUUCAAACUAUCUCAGACUGUGAAAAACAAGCCCUUGUACAGUCAGAACCUGACCAGUUGGCUGACAGCAAAGAAGAGACAUCAAAAAUUGAGAAAGAAGAUGGACUUACAUCCCAGCAAGAACAGUUGAAGAGUUCAGACACUUUGCCAGUGUAUGACACCUUAAUGUUUUGUGCAAGUAGGAAUACUGACCGGAUUCACAUCUAUACUAAGGGUGGAAAACAGAUGAGCUGUAAUUUCAUUCCUUUGGAUAUAAAAUUAGACCUUUGGGAAGAUUUACCAGCAAGCUUUCAGCUGAAACAAAAUCGCUCACUGAUUUUGAGAUUUGUUCGAGAAUGGAGUAGUCUAACUGCCAUGAAGCAAAGAAUAAUCAGGAAAAGUGGACAGCUAUUCUGUAGCCCAAUUCUUGCUUUGGAAGAGAUCACAAAGCAACAAACCAAACAAAAUUGCACCAAAAGAUACAUAACCAAAGAAGAUGUUGCCAUAGCUUCAGUGGAUAAAGUGAAGAAUACUGGGGGCCAUGUCCGUCUGAUCACAAAGGAGUCCAGGCCACAGGAUCCUUUCACAAAAAAAUUUCUUGAAGAUGGAGCCUGUGUCCCAUUUCUAAAUCCAUACACAGUGCAGGCAGAUCUCACUGUGAGGCCCUCUACAUCCAAAGGCUAUUUGCAAGCUGUGGAUAAUGAAGGAAAUCCACUUUGCCUUCACUGUCAGCAACCCACUUGCCAGACUAAGCAAGCGUGUAAGGUGAACGCUUGGGAUUCACGGUUUUGCUCUCUGAAAUGUCAGGAAGAGUUUUGGAUUCGAUCUAAUAACAGCUACCUGCGAGCCAAAGUAUUUGAAACUGAACGUGGUGUGUGUCAGCUCUGUAAUGUGAAUGCACAAGAACUCUUUUUACGUCUGAGAGAUGCCCCUAAAAGUCAGAGGAAGAAACUUCUGGAUGCUACCUGGACUUCAAAGCUCCCAUUAGAACAGCUAAAUGAAAUGAUAAGAAACCCAGGGGAAGGACAUUUCUGGCAGGUGGAUCACAUCAAGCCAGUGUAUGGGGGAGGAGGACAGUGUUCCCUGGACAACCUGCAGACUCUCUGCACAGUCUGUCACAAAGAGAGAACUGCCAGACAAGCUAAGGAAAGAAGCCAGGUGAGAAGACAAUCUCUAGCAUCAAAGCAUGGAUCAGACAUCACACGAUUUUUGGUGAAGAAGUAAAGUAGAAAAAGAUAUGAAUGAAUGACAAAUGUUUUACAUGUGGAAGACUUUAAUACAAAAGUUUUCCAUGUUAGUUUAAUAUAUUAAGGGUAAAAAUUUUCUGAACAAAAAUCAAGAACUCAAAUUCUCUUGUACUAAUUAUUUUAGUGUUAAUUACAUUUUGAAAGUACUUAACAGAAACUAAGAUACAAUACUAAAUAUUUCUGUGGCCUUUUUGAUUUGAUGCAGACUCGCAAUUAUGUUUCAGCAAUGUUUUGUUAAGCUCUUUACCCCUAAUAUGCCUAAUCACUGUAUUGUGCAUAGAUGGUGUUUAAAAAAUGUACUCUCAAUUACCUAAAAAUGCUUCUGGAUUAGUAUUGUUCUGGACUGUCAUGGGUAUGAAUGGAACAUUGCAAAACCUCAUGGGAAAUUUCAGACACAAAUCAUUAUUUGGGAAUUCUGGGCCAAGCAUUACCAGCUUGCUUAGGAUUCAAGAGAGAUUGUACACUGAAUACCUCCAGAAUGAGCUUGGGGUACACAUUUUGGGUGUUGCUUUUCUUGCUUUUUUAGCCAGUCAUUUUUAUCAAAAAUAUCCUUUUCAAAAUGAAAUACCUAUGGUGUUUGCGGACAAUUUGGGGGUUCUGUGUAAAGUAAUUGUUAAAACUAUUAAAUAACUGAAAACAUAAAAUGUAAAAUGCCACUUAAGCUUGAAUAUCUUUUUAAAAAAAUAAAUCAAACUGUGCUUACUGUUGGCUGGGCGCCGUGGCUCACACGUGUAAUCCCAGCACUUUGGGAGGCCAGAGCGGGCAGAUCAUGAGGUCAGGAGAUAGAUUGAGACCAUCCUAGCUAAUAAGGUGAAAACCCAUCUCUACUAAAAAUACGAAAAAGUAGCCAGGCAUGGUGUCACACGCCUGUAAUUUCAGCUACUUAGGAGGCUGAGGCAGGAGAAUGGCUUGAACCCGGGAGGCGGAGCUUGCAGUGAGCCGAGAUCACGCCACUGCACUCCAGCCUAGGCGACAGAGCGAGACUCCGUCUCCAAAAAAACAAACAAACAAACUAGGCGUGCUGUCAAAAUACUCUUUGUCUUCUGGUUCUCAUUUUCUGUUUUUAAAACCCUCUGUUAUUAAAGGUAUGUUUCUGGUACUUCUUUUAAAAAGAGUGAUGAUGAUAAAACACUUUAUAAUAAGGCAUAAUCAGAUGGUUAUAUGCAUUUAAAGAUACAGUGAUAACAUUAAAAUGUAAUUGACAUAAAAUAAGAGUGAUAAUGAAACAAACCCAGGGCCUAAUCCUGCAAUAUGUCAGAAUCAUGAGAGCAAAGAGUCAGAACUAUACAAAAUACAGGACCAAGGAAGAAUUACAUUCCCAAAAGGGUUUGCAGAUACUACUAGGACAUACACUUCUUUAGUUUGAGCAUUUUCCCAUGUUAAUUAAUAGCUAGUGUUUUACAACAUAAAGGACUUGUUUUUAGAAAGAUUAAACAAUCAAAGAUUAUACAACCACAGUUGUUCCUCAGGGUCUAUUUCAUUAUAUGAGAUCAAAUCAUGUUGGUUAUUUUAUAAAUGAAGUUGGGCUUUCUUUGGCCUCCUUUCUGCUUAGUUGGUCAGGCUCUCUUUGCAGUUUUCGGCCUCAUUGCUAAGGUAACCUAGGAUUUGUCAUGGUUGAGAGCCAAGAAGCAGGCACGCUGCCUUUCCUCCAGCAUGGGGUGUUUGCAAGCAAUGUCUAAGUAGGUCAAAUUUGAGGGGAACUCGCUCUUCAGAUCACACUAAGGUGAUAAUUCUAAGGAGAAAGUUCUCACAUGUAAGAACUGUGUGAUGAUUUGAGGUGAAACAAUCUAUGAAGCUAGGCUCAGUCUAUACCAGGUUUCAGAAUUCUAAUUAAAAAUGCCAUAAGGAGCAGUGAGCAUUUGCUGUACAGGAUGCUGACUGGCUCAUCCCCAUCCCUUCCUGACAUGUCUCAGAGCUUUGUGUCCUGCCUUCCCCUAACUUGGUUUGCAUUACUUGUGGGGCACAUUGAGACGAAGGGUUCUGAGACUGAAAAUAAAGAUAGAGAUUGAUCUAAUAACCAAGACCAAAAGGGCAUCUUGAGGAGACUGUUCUUUCCUCCUCACAAUCUGAAACAGAAGCUCCCCACUAUGUAUGGCAAAUGGGAUGUUAUGACAGAGGGACACAGAAAGUAUCAGAGCAAGCAGCAGAUCCUGAGUGCAGAAAGAAGUGCAGAUGCCCCCCAGGAAGAAGAUAGCUGCUGCCACUCUGGAGAUGGAGUGAAAAACACAGGUGGGUAGAAUGAGUGUAAAAGAAUAGGCCCGGCUCUGAAAAGACUCAGAAGGUGCAAGAUACAGUUGAGGCUAAGAAAACAACAACAAAAAAAGGCUCUGGCCAGGUGUGAUGGCACUUGCCUGUAGUCCUAGCUACUCAGGAGGCUGAGGUAGGAGGGUCACUUAAGCCCAGGGGUUCAUGACCAGCCUGGCCCCAUCUCAAAAAAGAAAAAAGGCUCUGGAUCCAGGGAACAGAGCUGGGAAGUGGUAGCUGAGGAAGGAACCCGCUUACGAUAGAAAACCACAUGAAAAUAUGCCUGUGGGUAGGGGUAGGGUGGGGAGGACUUCCGGAGUAUGGUGGGCUCACACACUCAAACCGCACAGUCAGCAUCAGGCUGGCCUGCCUUCCUGUUCCCGUCACUGGGUGACAUUGAUCCCAGACACAUUCUGAUGACUAGUAAAGUUGCUUUUGGUAGCCCCAGAGCCAGGAAGAAGAAUUCAUAUGGAAUUGUUAAAGACGCCCACUCUUAGCGUUAAGUACAGCCCAACAUACAUUUCUUGAGGAGAUUUUCCUGGGACAAGUGAAUACCCUCUACAUUUUCUUAACUGGACGGAAAAAGGAUUUUCUGCCCAUACAUCUUGCUAAUAAAUCAAAUCUCUUCUUCUGAUUCUUGAGUGAAACAUUUAAAAUACAGUUUCUUUAGAAAUAAAAAAGUAUGAGGCAUUUUAAAUCACGUGACAAAAAAGUCAAUGCUCUUGCGCUCUUUACAGUAAAUAGAUUGUGUUUACUCAUAGGAUACAGAAUCAUGGCUCUCAAACAUCAAAAAUAAAUUGUAGAAAUAGUAUCUCAUUUUCUGUUGCAUAUUAUUAGCCUGUCUCUCAUUCCAUCAUUUGUUCUUUUGAACUGGAAAAUUGUGGGCUCCUAGUCACUGCACUAAUCUAACUGAAUAUCCAACUACCAGAAAAAGUUUUUUCCUAUCUCAAGUUUGUCAGUUGCUUUAUACGGUUAAGGGUGUUUUUGCCACCCUGGUUGUGUUCAUAAUUACCACUGAGAAAUGUCACUGUUAUUAAAAUACAUUCUGUGUUCCAACUA